AUGAAACCAUACACUCCCUCAAUAUGGCCCUGCUACGCCUCUCUGCUUUUUCUGGCCGAGCUCCGCCCGAUCUCGGCCGCGACGGUGCCGCAGUUCGUCUUUAACCCUCAUAGUGGCGGCUUGGGCGCCGUCGCGAGUGAGGCCGUGGAGUGCAGCAAAAUAGGCCGCGACCUGAUCGCGCAAGGCGGAAACGCCGUCGACGCACUCGUCGGCACGACCUUUUGUGUCGGCACCGUGGGCAUGUACCACUCGGGUAUCGGCGGCGGCGGGUUCGUCGUGAUCAGAGACGCCGACGGAAACUACGAGUCCGUCGACUUCAGGGAGUCGGCCCCGGCCGCCGCAUUUCAGGACAUGUACAAGGGCAACGUCGAGGGGAGCGUCCGUGGGGGGCUGGCCGUGGGCGUGCCGAGCGAAGUCCGUGGGUUGGAAUACAUCCACAACAAGUACGGGAGCUUGCCGUGGAAGACUGUCGUCACUCCGGCUGCGCAGCUGGCGACCGCGGGCUUCAUAGUCUCUAAGGACUUGGUGCGAUACAUGGACUCUGCCAUAAAGGACCAAAAGAACUUCCUCGUGGAAGACCCCGUGUGGGCCGAGGAGUUUGCUCCGAACGGAACGCUUCUCCAGCUCGGCGACACCAUCUAUCGCAAACGCUACGGCGCCACCCUCGCCAAGAUUGCGGAAGAAGGCCCGGAUGUCUUCUACGCCGGCCCCAUUGCCGAGUCCAUCGUCGCCACCGCCCGCGCCACGAACGGCACGCUGACCCUCGACGACCUCGCCUCCUACAAGGUCGUCACGCGGCCGUCCCUGUCCACCUCGUACCGCGGCCACCGCCUCGUCUCCAUCGGCGCACCCGCCAGCGGCGCCGUGUGCCUCAACACCCUCAAGAUCAUGGAGCAGUUCGACCCUGCAGAGAGCGCCGACGCCAAGCUCGGCGUUCACCGCUUCGACGAGGCGCUGCGCUUCGCCUACGGCGCGAGGACCCUCCUCGGGGACCCUGACUUCGUCGACGGCAUCGGUCCCUUCGAGGACACCCUCCUUGACGAGGACACCGCUAGGGACAUCCGGCGCAGAAUCCUGGACAACCAGACGCACCCGGUCGAGUGGUACAACCCGCACGGGACGUACGCCAGCGAAGGCUUCGGGACGUCGCACAUCGUCACGGCCGACAGGUCGGGCAUGGCGACCUCCCUGACCACGACCGUGAACCUCCUUUUCGGUGCCCAGAUCAUGGACCCGUUGUCCGGUGUGAUCCUCAACAACGAGAUGAACGACUUCUCCAUCCCCGGCGUCCGCAAUGCCUUCGGCUUCGAGCCGUCCCCCGCAAACUUCAUCCGCGCCAACAAGCGGCCCCUCUCCUCCAUCACCCCCGUCAUCGUCGAGCACCCGGAUGGCACCCUCUACGUCACCGUCGGCGCCGCGGGAGGCUCGCGCAUCCUCAGCUCCACGGCCCAGGUCACCUGGCACGUCCUCGAGCACGGCCGCACCAUGAAGGAGGCCCUCCGCGAGCCGCGCCUGCACGACCAGCUCAUGCCCAACGUCGUCACCUUCGAGUACCCCUUCGACAACGACACCGUCGCCAGCAUGCUGGAGAAGGGCCACCGUGUCAAGUGGGUGCCCGAGGGCGGCAGCGCCGUGCAGGGCAUCAUCUUCGACGGGGGCGUCUUUGAGGCGGCGAGCGAGCCGCGCCAGAAGAACAGCGGUGCAUUCACCGUGUAG